AUGGGCGGCAAAGGAGGAGGCGGCGGCGGUGGAAAGGGCGGUGGCGGUGGAGGAGGCGGUGGAAAAGGCGGCGGCGGAAGGAGCGGCGGAGGCGGAGGCGGAAAAGGCGGUGGAGGCAUGAUGGUGGCUCCGGGAAGGGGAGGAGGAGCAUACAUUUCAAGGGGAUCAUUCGAGAGCGAUCCGAAAGGGUAUUUCGAUGGGCUCCAUCAAUCUGGUGGAAAUGCCAACAAGUCUCCCACGUGUUUCCUCUUGUUACGUCAUCAUCCACUCACUCAGACCCCAAAUCGUAUUUGUACUAGAAACGAAAAGAACCGCAUCUCAGGAGGAGGAAGAAGAAUGGGCGGCGGCGGCGGAGGAGGCGGUGGCAAAUGCGGAGGAGGAGGAGGAAUGAUGGUGGCUCCGGGAAGCGGGGAAGGAGCUUACAUUUCUAGGGGAGCGUUCGAGAGCGAUCCGAAGGGGUAUUUCGAUGGGCUCCAUCAAUCUGGUGGAAAUGCCAGCAAGUGAUCGAGCAUGUUUAAACUUUGUCUAGCGUCGUAUCCCUACGAUGCUUUCCAAAAUCUUAUUAAAUAAAAUGAACAUCUUAUAAUA